CCCACGUGAGUGCAGUACUACACGAGCGUGUGCGGUUUCAAGUCAAUUUUGCUGCCAACAAUUUCCCAGUAACCACCAUCGAAAUUGAUUUCGCACAUUUAAACCAUGUCUUCUUUCCGAAAAGCCCUGAAGUCCAAACAACGGGACCACAAAGAGCGAUCACAGCUUGGAUUCAGGAAACACUUGGGUCUGUUGGAGAAGAAGAAGGACUACAAACUCCGUGCAAAUGACUACCACCGAAAACAAAAGACCCUCAUGGCCUUACGGAAGAAGGCCAUGGAGAAAAACCCAGAUGAAUUCCAUUUUAAAAUGAUACACAACCAAAUAAAGGAUGGAGUUCACAUAAUUAAACCGAAAGAGGAAGAAAUGACAGAGGAACAGAAGAAAGUGAUGAGGACCCAGGACAUCCGAUAUGUUGAAAUGAAGAGGGUUUCAGAAAUGAAGAAAAUUGAACGGUUGAAGUCUGAGCUCCACCUUCUUGAUGUUGAUGAAGAAAAGAAAAAUAAACAUGCAUUUUUUGUGGAUUCCAAAAAAGAAGUGGAGGAGUUUGACCUGGCCACACACCUCAACACAGUGCCUGAACUGGUGGACCGAGCAUAUAACAGACCCACAAUGGAAACCCUAGAAAACAAGAGCAUUGUGGGAGUAGUGGAACCAGAGAUGAUAAAGAAACUUGCAAAACAGAGAAAAAAUCAGUAUGAGGUGCUUUCACAGCGUAUUGACAGAGAAAAGAAGAUGUUUAUCAUUAGUCAAAAGAUCCAGACUAGGAAAGAUCUCCAGGAUAAGGUUAAGAAAGUGAAAGUUCGUAAAGAGACCAGCACUGCUCCUGCCAUCUAUAGAUUUGAGGCCAGGAGGAAAAGAUGAUGGCUUAUGUCUCUAAAUGUAUAUACAGAACAAACUGUCUUUCUGCUUCUCCAUGGAUCUCCAGCCAAAUUCUACAAAGCUCUCCCCUGUUAUUGCUGUGAAUUGGGGUUAAUCUGUUUCUCUUUUUUUUUUUUAAUAAUCUGUUUCUCUUUUUUUUCUUUUCUUUUUUUUUUUCAACGGAUUGAGAGACAAUGCCUUUCCUAAUAAGAUGUUGCCUUCAGGUGUGGAAGACUAACCGAUGACUAAGCUGCUGGUUAUCCCAAAACACUCGAAAGGCAGUUUGUACAUAUUUAUUGCAAAGAAGAAUUUGUGACAUUCUUUCAUAAUUUGAAAUAAAAUGUUGUCUUUAGUUGUGUUGUAGUUCAUUAACUAAAUCAGUAGAUGGCACUAGCAUAUCUUAUCAUAUCUACAUCCAAGUUGCAAAAGAGCCAAGUUGCAAAACGUAAUCAGUUAAU